AUGAAUGGCACCUGGCUAGGGAGCCGCAACAUUCGCACGAACUGGGCCACCAGGAAGCCGCCGCAGUCCAAAAGCGAAAAUCAGAAGACGUUGACGUACGAGGAAGUGUACAACCAGGCCAGUCCUUCGAACUGCACCGUGUAUUGCGGCGGAGUCACCAACGGCCUGUCUGAAGACCUGAUGAACAAGACCUUCUCCCCGUUCGGCACCAUUUCCGAGGUCCGCGUGUUUAAGGACAAGGGCUACGCUUUCAUCAGGUUCACGUCGAAGGAAUCAGCGGCUCAAGCCAUAGUGUCAGUGCACAACACCGACGUUAACGGACAACCAGUCAAGUGCUCGUGGGGCAAAGAAUCGAACGAUGCAUCAUCCGUUGCAGCCGCUGCGAACCAGGCGCUGGCCGGGGCCCAGUUCUCGUACCCGUACGGAGCACAACAGCUGAGCUACUGGUACCCGCAGGCAGCGUACCCGCAGAUCGCCGCCGGCAGCCAGUUCCUGCAAGGCGUGCAGCCGGGCUAUCCCUACGGACAGUUUGGUUACCAGCAGAGCAUGGGACCGACGGUGGGUUCGGCGGCGGCGGCGGCUGCUGCGGCGGCCGCCCUCAACUCCUGGCCGGCCGGCCUGCAAACCACGGCCGCGCCGACGGUCGGAGCCAUUGGGCCGUCGUUCCAGCAAGCUGGCAUGCUCGGCGCCUAUCCGCUCCAGCAAUUCCAGGAAGGAAAAAGGUCGCCCACCGCCGCGAGGAGUUGCACACUUUGCGGGCUCAUCAAGCUCAAAAUCACAUCAUGGUUACCAAAACAAACAACGAUAUCAUCUCAGCUUCACUCCAAGAUCGACACGACGACGACAAUGACGAGAUCCGAAAACAAAAGCCAAGCGAACAAACGCAUCUACAACGAUCAAUAA